CAGGGAGCGUGAGAGGGGCGAAGCGACGCGGCCCAGGCCGGCGGCGCUGGGAAAAUGGCGGUGCGGAAGAAGGACGGCGGCCCUAACGUCAAGUACUACGAGGCCUCAGACACCGUUAGCCAGUUCGACAGCGCGCGCGUCUGGUUGGGCAAGAACUACAAAAAGUAUAUCCAAGCAGAGCCACCUACCAAUAAGUCAUUGUCCAGUCUAGUUGUGCAGCUGCUUCAGUUCCAAGAGGAGGUAUUUGGGAAACAUGUCAGCAAUGCACCACUAACAAAGUUACCAAUUAAAUGCUUCUUAGAUUUCAAAGCUGGGGGUGCCUUGUGUCAGAUCCUUGCAGCAGCUUAUAAAUUCAAGAGUGACCAGGGAUGGCGGCGUUUCGAUUUCCAGAAUCCAUCACGAAUGGAUCGCAAUGUGGAAAUGUUCAUGACCAUUGAAAAAUCUUUGGUGCAGAACAAUUGCCUUUCCCGACCUAACAUCUAUUUGCAUCCAGACAUUGACCCUAAAUUGCAGGCCAAACUGAAAGAUAUAAUCAAACGACACCAGGGAACGGUAACUGAAGAUAAGAACAAUGCUUCCCAUAUCGUCUUCCCUGUUCCUAGUAGCCUAGAGGAAGAAGAAUGGGUUCGGCCUAUUAUGAAGAGAGACAAGCAAGUCCUCCUGCACUGGGGCUACUAUCCUGACAGUUAUGACACCUGGAUCCCAGCAAGUGAAAUUGAAGCCCCUGUGGAGGAUGCCCCCACACCAGAGAAACCCCGUAAGGUUCAUGCUAAAUGGAUCCUGGACACAGAUACUUUCAACGAGUGGAUGAAUGAAGAAGACUACGAGGUAAAUGAUGAGAAGAGCCCUGUGUCCCGUAGGAAGAAAAUAUCUGCCAAGACUCUCACCGAUGAGGUUAACAGUCCAGACUCGGACCGAAGGGACAAGAAGGGGGGAAACUAUAAGAAAAGGAAGCGUUCUCCCUCUCCUUCACCUACUCCAGAAGCUAAGAAAAAGAAUGCCAAGAAAGGGCCUUCCACUCCCUACACAAAGUCCAAGCGCGGCCAUCGUGAGGAGGAGCAAGAAGACCUUACGAAAGACAUGGAUGAGCCUUCUCCCGUCCCCAAUGUUGAAGAAGUCACACUACCAAAAACAGUCAACACCAAGAAAGACUCUGAAUCUGCUCCUGUGAAGGGUGGCACCAUGACUGAUUUGGAUGAGCCAGAGGAUGAGAGCAUGGAGACAACAGGCAAAGAUGAAGAGGAGAACAAUGCUGGGAACAAAGGGGAGCAGACAAAAAACCCAGAUCUGCACGAGGACAAUGUGACAGAGCAGACUCACCACAUUAUCAUCCCCAGCUAUGCAGCCUGGUUUGACUAUAACAGCGUCCACGCCAUCGAGCGGAGAGCCCUGCCUGAGUUUUUCAAUGGCAAAAACAAGUCAAAGACUCCGGAAAUAUACUUGGCAUACCGCAAUUUCAUGAUUGAUACCUACCGACUGAAUCCACAGGAGUAUCUAACCUCAACUGCUUGCCGCCGGAAUCUGGCAGGGGAUGUCUGUGCCAUCAUGAGAGUCCAUGCCUUUCUGGAGCAGUGGGGACUGAUUAACUACCAGGUGGAUGCAGAGAGCCGGCCAACCCCAAUGGGACCACCACCUACAUCACAUUUCCAUGUUUUGGCUGACACUCCUUCAGGAUUGGUGCCAUUGCAACCCAAAACUCCCCAGGGUCGUCAGAGUGAUAGUGACACCAAAACUGGACGGAAGAGCAAGGAGAUUGAAGAUCUCGUCACAGACACAGUGAAGGGGAAACCAGAGAUGCAAACCACAGCUUCUCAGCAGAUGCUGAACUUCCCUGACAAGAGCAAAGAAAAACCACCAGAUAUGCAAAACUUUGGACUUCGCACUGACAUGUACACUAAGAAAAAUGCUCCUUCCAAGAGCAAAGCUGCUGCGAGUGCUACCCGUGAGUGGACAGAGCAGGAGACAUUGUUAUUGCUGGAGGCACUGGAGAUGUACAAAGACGAUUGGAACAAGGUUUCUGAGCAUGUUGGCAGCCGCACCCAGGAUGAGUGCAUUCUGCACUUCUUGCGUCUUCCCAUUGAGGACCCCUACCUGGAGGACUCUGAGGCCUCACUUGGACCCCUAGCCUACCAACCCAUUCCCUUCAGCCAGUCGGGCAAUCCUGUUAUGAGCACUGUGGCCUUCCUGGCUUCUGUGGUGGACCCCCGUGUAGCAUCCGCAGCAGCCAAGUCAGCUCUAGAGGAGUUCUCCAAGAUGAAGGAGGAGGUGCCCACAGCCUUGGUUGAAGCGCAUGUUCGCAAGGUGGAGGAAGCUGCCAAGGUGACAGGCAAGGCAGACCCAGCAUUUGGUCUGGAGAGCAGUGGAAUUGCAGGGACCACCUCUGAUGAGCUGGAGAGAAUAGAAGAAAGCUGCACAGAUGAAAACCGGGCAGAACCACCUCCAUCUGAGGAGAAGAAAGAGGAACAAAGAGAAGGAUCCCUGGAGGAGGAAGUGAAGGAGAAACUUGGAGAGGUGCCUAGGAAGGAGGAAGACAAAAACAAAGAGGCUGAUGGCGAGAAGGAGAUGGACAAAAGUGAUGGGGACACGAUGGCUGAUGGAGAAAAGGAAAAGGAACCCAAGGAUGGUCAGGAGGAGGGACCCAAGGACCUUGCAGAGACGGAGGGUGAGCGAAAGACCAAGGUGGAGAGAGACAUCGGCGAAGGUAACCUCUCCACUGCAGCUGCUGCUGCUUUGGCUGCUGCAGCAGUGAAAGCAAAGCACUUGGCUGCAGUGGAAGAGCGUAAAAUCAAGUCACUGGUUGCCUUGUUGGUGGAAACACAGAUGAAGAAGCUUGAGAUUAAGUUACGGCACUUUGAGGAGCUAGAGACCAUCAUGGAUCGGGAACGUGAGGCACUUGAGUACCAGAGGCAGCAGCUCCUGGCUGACCGUCAGGCUUUCCACAUGGAGCAGCUCAAGUACGCCGAGAUGCGAGCUCGCCAGCAGCAUUUCCAGCAGAUGCACCAGCAGCAGCAGCCGCCGCCGCCGCCACCACCCUCUCUCCCUGGGGGCUCCCAGCCUCUCCCUUCUUCAGGGGCUCCCCUGGCAUCAGCUGCUCACUCCAUUCCCAUCAGCCAGACAUCGGUGCCAGCUGCCAGUACCAUAGGACAGCCCAGCAGUAUGGCUCAGACAGAGCAGAUUGGGCAGCCCGUGGCAGUGCAGCCACAGCAGACAGCAGCUGGAGCACCACCAACUGGCCCGGGCCAAACUGGACAGCCACCCACAGGUUCCCAUGCCCAGCCUCCGUUCCCUAGCCAGCAGCCAUCAUCCCAGAUUCUUCCCGGGGCAGUCCCAGCAACCGUUCACCCGGCCAUGGCUGGUAAUAUCCCCUCGACUCUGCCUUUUGGAAUGCCUGCCUCCAUCCCACUUAGCAUGGCUAGUAACGUAACAGACUCCAUCGGCAUUAACUUCCCUGCUAACAUGCCCAUCCAUCCAGUGCAUGGUAACCUUGCGUGCAGCAUGGCUAAUCCGCCCAUCAUCAACGUCUCUAGCACCCUGCACCCUGCUGCCGCCCCACUGCCGCAUGGUUCCGCAGCUGCCCAGAGCCCAGCUAUUGUGGCUGCAAUGCAGGGCAGCCUCCUUCCAAAUGCUGGUCUUGGAUCAGAUCAAGGACCUUCACUGCAGUCGGAUCCUAUCACUCCUAGCCCCAACACGGCCACACCAGUCCCACCUACACAGUGAGAAGCUGUGAGCUGCUCUUCUUGUUGCCUCUGGAAUGAGCCCUCACCACUAGGAAGGACAAGCAACCCCAAAUCGUGUUAAACAUGGAUUCUGUUUGGGUGGGUUUUUAAAAGGCUUAAAAACAGUGAUCAAAGGCGGAAGAAGAUUUGGCUCUAUUGACUCCCUUCCCCUGUGUUUCUCUGCUGCAUCCCAUGUCCCCCAAUGCUUUUUUUUUGUAUCCAGUCGUACCAAGACUUUUUAUUUAAAGGUGUUUCUAAUUGGUGGAGGCGGGUAGACAAGAAUCUGUCUCCAAACAGCCACUGCUAUUUAUAGAGGGCUUUGAUUUUAAACCUGGUUGAAAAGGAGUUUAACUCCCCCUUGUAUGUGUCUGUCUCGCUCUUUUUUUUAAAACAAUAAAGAAAAACUACAACAAA